CCGUUUAUGUCAGAAAUGAGUAGUUAUUGAUUUCUCACAUUCCUGGUGGAUUAUCAGGGAGUUCUAUUUGGUACAAAAUUCAGAGCGAAGUGUGGCUGCAACAAUUCGAUUAGAUGCACUUUUGUUUUGUUAUUGCAAACGCUGCUUAAUUGGAGAAAGGCGAGCUGAGAGUUUGACAGAUUCACGCAGAUGAAAGGGGGCAGAUGAGCAAGACUGAAUCGACGUCAGUGGGCUGGUGCUGCCCUGUUAUAACACACACUGGUUGGGAGGUGGCGCCACAACUUGUGAUAACACACACUGAUCAAUGUCUCAUGUGCUGCGCUUAUUCCCAAACCCAUCUGCACCAUCACAAAGCGGACAGCCAAAUAGCAGCUCUCUUCCUUCUCACUCAGAAAGAGCUGACCUAUCUACACAGGCGACAAGAUGCUGGCUUCUCUGAUGGGUGUUUUUAUCGCGGUUUGCUUCGAAGUUGAAAGCAGGCGACCAGAAGCGACCCAUGCUGUCAAUUUCCUGGAUAAUGAGAAAUGGUUGACCACUGUCUCACAAUAUGACAAGGAGCUCAGAUACUGGAACAAAUUCCGAGAUGACGAUUAUUUCAGAAGCUGGAAUCCCAGCAAGCCGUUUGAUCAAGCCCUGGAUCCAACAAAAGACCCAUGUUUGAAGAUGAAAUGCAGUCAACACAAAGUCUGCGUAACCCAUGACUACCAAACAGCGCUUUGUGUUAAUCGCAGACAGCUAAUGCACAGGCAGAAAAAGGACAGUCUUCUUCACAGACAGUGGAAUGGAGGAGCCAAUCUGGUCAAUUGCAAGCCCUGUGCUGUGAUGCACCCCAGUUCUGUCUGUGGUUCCGAUGGCCACACUUACUCUUCUAAGUGCAAACUUGAUUACCAAGCUUGUUCUUCACGUAAGAAGAUCACCUUGCGAUGCAAAGGACCUUGUCCUUGUCUUCCUGGCCAAGAAAGUGUGAAGCUGAAAAGUGAAAAGACAGUGUGCAAUGAGAAAGAGCUGAGGAAUCUCGCUUCCAGACUGAAAGACUGGUUUGGGGCUUUACAUGCCGAUGCCAACCAAGACAUAAAAUUUAAAUCAAUCAAGCAAUCAGAGCAGACCCGAUUUGACACCAGCAUUCUGCCAAUCUGCAAGGAUUCUCUGGGUUGGAUAUUUAACAAGCUGGACAUGAACUAUGAUCUUUUACUGGAUCAAUCGGAGCUGGGAGCCAUUUACCUUGACAAGUAUGAGCAGUGUAUCAAGCCACUUUUCAACUCCUGUGACACAUUUAAAGAUGGAAAGCUUUCAAACAAUGAAUGGUGCUACUGUUUCCAGAGACAGGGUGGUCUUCCAUGCCAAGUUGAAAUUAAUAAGAUUCAAAGGCAGAGCAGAGGGAAACAUCUUUUAGGUACUUUUAUACCAAGGUGCAAUGAGGAUGGGUAUUACAAAUCAAUCCAAUGUCACAGGAGCACUGGACAGUGCUGGUGUGCUGACAAGUAUGGAAAUGAACUUCCAGGUUCACGGAUGGAAGGGACUCCAACCUGUGACGAAGAUCAAGAGACUUCUGGUGAUUUUGGCAGUGGUGGAUUCCAUGUUUUGUCUGAUGACCAGGAUAAUAAGAGGGAAACACAGAAUGAAGAAAAAGAGAAAGCAUCUCAGGGUGGAGCCAAUGAAGAUGAUGAAGAUAGUGAAGAUGACAAAGAUGAUGAUAUUGGCUAUAUCUGGUAG